ACGGCUCCUGAUGUGCAGAGGUUGCAGAGGUUUAUAUGUUCAACGGACGGCCUCUGAGACGGGUCGAAGUGACCGGUAUUGUUGUGGGCAAAGAGGAAUCUUCCGCUGUCAUUACCUACACGGUUGACGACGGGACUGGAUUGCUUCCCUGUGUAUACUGGUUCCCCAUGGAAGAUCGCGUAGUCUCGUCCCGGAAAACCUUGUCCCUGGGGGAUUUAGUCAAGGUGUCCGGCCGCCUGGGCGAGUUCCGUUUUCAGAGGCAGAUAACGAUCAACAGCAUAACUGUCGAGAAUGACAUGAACAUGGAAGCGUUUAGAUGGCUCGAGAUCCUGGACCUGAAGACGUCCUUCUAUACGUCACCAACAGCAACCCUAUCGGAUACCGAAUUGGAAGCAACGAUGGCCGAGUGGCUGCGGCUGGAGUCGAUGGCAGCCCCGAUGGCCGAAAGCCCAGAAGAACUUACGGUGGGUGCACCGAUGAAUCUUAUAUUUCACGUUUCUAUGGCUUUGAUUGAACUGUCCCACGCAUUUUAGGUUGUGUAUCAAGCACUUCUCG